AUGGAGAAGAAGCAAGCUAAAAGCCAUAAAAAGGUUGAGAUGAGAAAGAUGAACAAUGAAGAGGAUCGCCUUGUUUCCUUCUCGAAGCGCAGAUCUAUAGAAAGGCAAGUGAGCUUUCUACCCUUUGCGGUGCAGAAGUUGGGUAAAGAAAAAGAGGUGCAAUCUAAGGGUCAAUCUCUUUUGAAAGGGAAGUCUCCUGUGGGGAAGAAUGUGGCAGUAACUAGCCCAAGUAAGAAGCCAACUGAAGAGAAUAUGAAGGGGAAGGGGAAAGAGCCUGAAACUGAAAUGACUCCAGAGGAAGCCAUAAAGAAAGCUCAAAGAGAUAAGAAGAAGAAGGAUAAAGAAAUAGAAAAAGUUUAG